GUACACGGAAAGAUGUGCCAUAAGAGACUGUUAUGUGUCGGGACAUCGGAAAUUCACAUAAUUCCUCGAUUGCUGUAAAGUAUCUGUUUUCGUUUUGCCGUUGUACCAGUUUUAUCAUACGUAGUUUUUUUUUAUUCUUUUAAUGUAUCAACUUGACCAACCUGCAAUAGCAUGAUCAAUCGGGCGUUAUACUUUGGCAGAAAACUAUUACAUUAAUGGUGCGUUUGAUCUUAACCAUCGUGAUAUGAUGAAUUUUCUUUGAUUAAAACAUGGUUGAUUUAUUUGACAUUGGUCAAUUGGGUUGUUUUUGUGAAUUCAUAUAGAUUGUAUGAAAGAGACAGAAUAAUGCUUAAAUUGGUGUGUACUCUACCACAGAAAUUCAGACAAAGAUGAGAAGCAAAAAGUAGAACAAUACAACAAUAUAAAUAUUUUCGUUGUUGUGCAAUGUAGAUGUUUUGUACUGAAAGUGAAACAGGGUCGUGUCAUAAAGAUGCACAUGGAUACAACAUUCAAAAAGGUAGAGCGAAUAUCGAUAGACCCCCAUCGCUUGUGCCAGAAGUGAGAUGAAGGUGUGCGAGGAGUUUAUGAGGAGGUUCACGAAUGGCGCUCUUCGCGACGAGAUCGUAUGGGUUGCUGUUUUGCUAUUGAGAAAGGGACACAAAGUAGGAAAACUCGUAAGUAAUCAAUGUUACCUAAUAUAAGCACUGAACGAGGCUGCUAACUCGUUAAGUCGCCUUGUCGAUCGACGUACAUAGAAACCCCAGCAUCCCGUAUCAAAUGGUUAAUUGGAUAAAAACCAAAAUCGAACAGUAAGAAACACACACAUACACUGAGGUUCGCUCGACCAUCACCUAGAGGAUAGAUAAGAUAAAACCCCAGAUACCGUGUUUACGAUUGAGUGUAAUGUUGUGAUGAGGUUGUAGGAGAUAUGGUUCUAUAGUUACUACAAAUACUACUUAUGCUACUACCGUUACUAUUACUACUGCUACUACUACUGCUGAUACUACCACCACUCUUACUGCUACGACUAGUACAAAUUUUAUUUUCAACUACCAGCAGCUAUCCAUUAUAAUGCUAAAGAUUUGUUUAUAUGUUUUUAAUCUCAUGGCCUCGGCAUUCGAAAGUGACGAAAGACCGAUGGGACUGGCAGGUAUGUUAUGAUUUUGCAAAUACUGCUUGUAUUUUGUAAAUAAACCCAUUGUGUUUUUUGUCACUGAUUUGAAAUAUUUUCCAGUGGAAUAAAAUGGCAGUUUAAAUGAAGAGCGUGAAUAUGCAUGUGUGAUAGAAUAAAUAUAAAUCACACUGUCACGCUUUGUUCACAUGCAUCAUGUCAAGAAAUGUUCAUAUUGCUCCAUUCAUGAAACACUCUUUACGUUCAAUACUGUAUGUUAUUGGAAAUUUUUUGCAAAAAAAAACCCAAUGGUUCAAAUAUGAAUACUGCUUCCAAGUUUAGAGUGCUGGGAGAGACUUUUGAAAAGCAACACCCAAAAAAGCCCUUCCACUGGUAGUAGUAGUAGCAUGCAGGUAUUAACUGGUUUUUGAGAUAAAGAUAAAGAUGUAACAAAACACAAAAAAACAUAGACGGUCGUCAUGGUGGUAUUGUGCAUGUGUUGUGUAAAUAAAAGAAUGUUAUGCUAAACAAUGUGUAUAAGAAAACCGAUGCAUCAGGCCAGCGAACUAAACCACUAUAUUGAAAUCUUACGUAAACAAGAGCCUGCCGAGCGGAUAGGAUAGAGCAAAGGAAACUGCAAAACCAAACUGACUUAUAAACCCCAGCAAAGGAAACGGAAGUACAGAGUAGUAGAUGGAUUUGGGUUAGGAGAUAUAGGGAUACAGUGAUUUGCCAUGAAGUGGUUGUGUGUGAAGGAUUGAUUUGCUUUCCCCAGGACGUCCUAUGUUUUCUUAUGCUGAACAGUGUACGAAUACUGAGGGUGUUUUUUUGUGCGGUUGAGGAAAAAUGGUUAAAGUUGUGAGAGAAACGAAUGAACAGUUAUUGCACAAGCUUUACAGCUGCUUUGAUGGUGUAAAAGGAUAAAUAUGAGUGUUUACAAAAACAGAUCAGAGUGGGAUUGGAUUGUUUUGACCUUAAAAAGGGUAAGCUACUUUGUUAAAACAGGCGCGAGGAGAGAAACAAGAAGGCUGUUUCAGACAUUCGUUUGAUUGCGUUACGUGUUGAAUCGGAUCGGCCAUGGAAUACUGAUGAUGAGAAAGCGUAAUAGGCCAGUUAACCGGGGGCGGUAUUGGAGAGGAUUCUUGCACACUUUAAAAGGGGCAUCAGUAGUGAUGGUACAAUAUCAAAGGAGUAUAGUUCAAAGAAGAUGAAAUGAGGGAACACAAGCACGAGGCAAGUUCUACGACACGCUUACGAACACGAUCGAGAAUGUGAAUUAUAAAAGAAGUAAAGCCAAGAUAAGGAAGGCUGAAUGAAGCAGCAGUCCUACGAGAGGGAAAGAUAGUGUGAGAAGAGGUAAAAUGAUGAAAUGAAAUGUUGUACUAUAUACAAAGUUUUAUGUAAAAGAAACAAAAUAAUAACAAAACGUAAGGAGUCAACUGUGAGGCAGGAAGAAGUUGAACGCUAGUUUAAAACAAAACGUAUAAAAACGAACGAAGUCGAACGCGUCGAAAGAAACCCCCGUUGAGAUUAGAGAAGCGAGCAGUGGAAAACCGAACGAGAACGAGAAGUGUUUGCGUUAAGAGAUAUAGGAUUAUAAUGAUGGUUGAAAGGAUGCUGGAGAAAAGAGAAAAUGGAUACGAAAAACAAGCUGUGAAUGGAAAGGACAAACCGUACAUGUUUGAAAUAUUGUAAAGAAACGUGAAAAAAAAAACACAAAAAGUAUAAUGCAACAGAAUGAACCUGGCGACGAGUUUGAUGUCAAGAGGCGGAGGCAAUUACAUAUUA